AUGAAUUGUUUUCGACCCGUUGAGGUUCAAAUUCACGACGGCAUUGUUUAUGAAGUACCCCACAUAGUUUGUGCAACAAGUCCUCCCCCGUACGACAUUAAACUGGAAGAACCAAAUCGUGUCAAAGUUGUUGAACACAAAAAGGCCAUUUCAAAACUCGACGAAAUCAUUAAAAUCGACAAAACAGAGAAGAAGCCAAAGCUUAUUGAAGACGAGAAAAAGUUUCCAAAGGUACGUGUUUCUCUCGACUCUUUCAAUGAACUCCAGUCGUUUCGAAAAAAGUACAAAUGCAAGUCUUAUUGCGAAGUCGUUAAUAAGCUCCUCACAAUCUACGACGAGGCAGAGAAGAUCGACUCUCAACGUAAGCACUUGUAA